UGCGCGCUUAGCAUUGUGGGACAGUCUCACGCUUAUUUGUUUCCUUUCUGUGUUGUUUGAAUUUAAAUUGCUGAGAAAGAGAAGGGGAGAGUCGCUAGUAAUGGCCGGGGACGAUGUUGAGGACUUCUUGAAGCAGAACAGAGAUUCCGCGGAUUUAGUUGAGAAAUUUCAGUCCAUUUCUGAGAGCGAAAAACAAUGGAAGUUCCGGAGAGAAUUCAUCUUGAGAAAUCUUUCAGAAUUUCAGGACACAAACAUUGACCAUCUCCUGUCUUUGUCUAUGGUUUGGGCGAACCACGUUUUUCUGGGUUGUCGUUACAGCCAAGACCUCAUGGAAAAAGUGAAGGAAAUGGCAGAAGAUAUUGAAGUCGAAGAUGCACCCGUGUUUAAAACACGAGAUGAGAUCAUGAAGCAGCGUUCAUAAGAGUCCCAGAAUACAAUGCAUUGAAAAGAAGAUUAUCUGCAGCAUAGUGAGGAGCGUAUCUGAGUGGGAUCUGCAUUGGAUCUUCUGUUAUGGACUAUUUAUUCUCAGGCUUGUAAAGACAAGGACGUUUGUUUUUUAAGGAGUCUUUAAAAUGUAUUAGGAAUGAAUCAGAUAGAAUUGAACAUCAUAAGAUCAAUGAAGUCAGUAAUUUUUUAGAUUAGACCUUGUACAAAUGGUUACUAUUUGGAAUAGUUUUAGUAAAAAAAAAAAAGCCAACAAAUUAGGUAUUUAACAAUGUAAACAAUUAAGGAUAUUUUAAAAUAAUGUGAUAUCUUGUAAUAAUUGUAAGUCACCCUGGAUAAGGGCGUCUGCUAAGAAAUAAAUAAUAUUUUAAGAGAAAUAAUUUAACACCACCAAAUAUUUUAAUUACUGUUCUAAAUAAAGUACUUUUUUUAAAAACAGUAAACAUACUUUUUUUUUUUUUUUUUUAAAGAAAUGUCUGUAGAGAAUGUAUUUAUUGCAUUCACAAAAUCUUAAGAUUUUUUACCUAAAAAAAAAAAAGUAUUUUAUAUUUAUAGUGGUACAUAUCUGCAUAUGGUUGCAGCAGACUUUAAUAAUCUGUUUAGACAAAAAUGUUACGAUUUUAUUCUUAAUCUGGUCACUUUCAAAAUACCCAUCCUUAUUAUGCAAUCUCACAGUAAUUCAAUCUGCAACUCUUAAACAUUAAGGUCUCCUGGUAACAAUGCUUCCAGCACCCCUGGGGCUAAUCAAGCUUGUAUUAAAACAUGGGACGGGUGAAACUGCUCUGCAAUAGGAGUCUUUACUGUACACGAUGCUUGCAACAGUGGUGCUAAGUGGCAUUUUGGGGCCUUUGUCCACUAUUAUUUGAACACCAUCCAUAAAUAUUAAAGUCAUAGGAUACAGUACAGUUGUACUAAAAAGCAACUUGAUAAUAAAAUUAGACAAUUGUUGUGACUGUCAAUUUUGCAUGCAGCACCAUUUAUGUUUGCAAAACUGAGGUCACUUUUGGGAAGAACCUUGGCCACCUAACCACACUUUAGGCAACGUGGCAAGCAGUGCUAACUGUGGAGCCACCAAAUACACAUGUAUCAUUUCUGGAUGGGUAUGGGAGGCAGUAACUGGAUACUGGUAGCCAUCUUAAAGUCUGUAAAAUGUUUUUAUUGUGUUUAUACAGCAUAUCAGAAGUAUACAUCGUGUCCUAAUAAAUUCACAGAAACUAGCUUUAUAACAUCUCCCUUUCCAUUAGGUCCAGUGAAAACCAAGCACUACAGCUGUGUGCAGACAAUCACCACUAUUUUCUCUAAAUAAAGUCUGAUUAAUUAACACAUUUCUCGGCUAUCCAUAAUUGCUUUGUUUUUGCUUUUCAGUUUCUAUUACACUUAGACAAGGUGCACAAAUACUCCUCUCUUCAAUUACCUUUAAAUGUAAGCCACAAAGAAAUGAACAGAACAUGUAUGUUUACCCCAAAACCUUUAUCUUUAGUAGAUGCGUGUAUCAUACAGAAAACAAAUACCUGCAUCAUUUCCAUAGCAGGUGGCAAGUAAUAAUUUAGUACUCAUGUGAUUAUCACAAUUCUUGUUUAAAAAACAUAAAUGUGAUGUUUCUUUCCACCUAGAACUAUGCCACCUCUCUCCAGAAAAGAAGGGCAGACAAUAAGCUACCUAAACUUCACGGCAUGUUAUUCUACAACCCUCCAUGUUACAACAUCAGACAUCUGAACUAUUCCAUCUGAUCAGAACUCGUUGCAUUCAGGCAGGUUUGUGAACACAGUUGGCCUUUCUCUAGAUUUAUAAAAAGCAGUGACAUAACUUAAUUUUGCACUUAAAUUGUGCAACUCCACAAAAUGUACCUUUACAGUUUAUACAAGAAAAGCCAGCGAUUGCAAAGAAUAGUUCACCCCCUUGCUGUUUGAAAUUGUAUUUGUUUUUCUGGGUGGGCCAUAAUAUGCUGCUUGCUGUUGGGUUCAGGAAUUUGGUGUCCAAUCAUCUUUCUUGCAAAUCUAAAUUGCCACCUGGUGUUUUUUUUAUUUUUUUGUCCAAAGGUUUAACAGAUUAAUCUGAAAAUCUUGAGUAGAUGUGUACUAUCUGGUUAACAUCCACUUGGGUUUGGUUAGCUCCAAAACCACAUUUGGGAGAGAGGAGACAGUGUGCUACUUUCUGUAUUUAAUAUACGAACAACAUUGUGGUUGAUAUAAUUUGUUUGUUUUUAUUAAAUGUCUGUUGCUUUAAAAAAUAAAAAACAACAUCUGCCAUUGCACCAAUAAAUCUGACAAAAUUAGUAUAUUCUAAAUGGCUGGUUUUCUUUAAACCAGGAAAAACAUAAAAAAAAUGGUUCUUUGGAAACUGAACAGUAACAGCAUCCAUCCAACAAAAAGAAA